AUGAGCACACAAGAAAGUAUGGAAAUUGACCCGCCUAGCUCUCCUCCGCCACAACCUCCUACUGUCGAAGCAGCAGAUCCCACAACAACAGCUGCUGCUACCUCAACGACAACACAACAGAGUAUCUCUAAUAGUGAUAAAACUAUUGGUGGUAGUAGCAGCGAAGGAGGGGUGGUGAGUACAGUCGUGUCCACCGCGACCAAUAAUUCUGGGUUGACAGUUGAAUUUGGACGCGACGUUGAAAUAUCCAAUUCAUACGAAUUGUCGUUUAAUAUGAUUGACGGACACGUUAUUAUCGAUAAAGAGUAUUUCACAACGAAACAGGAACAGUUUCGUCAAGUCUUUCCGCAAUUCGAUUUCCUGGGUUGGUAUACAUUAGGACCAUAUCCUCUCCCGGAUCACAUCGAGAUACAUAAACAGUUACAAGAAUACAACGAAAGUCCCCUAUUCCUGCAAAUGAAUCCACAAGAAAUCGUCACCUCAAAAAACCUGCCAAUCACCGUUUACGAGUCAAUCAUCGACAUUAUCGACGGCCAGGCAAACAUGCUCUUUAUUAAAGCACAAUACAAGAUUGAGACGGGCGAGGCAGAACGUAUUGCUGUUGAUCAUGUGGCACGUGCCUCGAGUGGUGACGGGGUUGAAGGGUCGUCAUUAAUUGCGCAUUUAACUACACAAGGAAAUGCAAUUAAAAUGUUGCACACUAGAGUUAAGAUGUUGCAUCGAUAUUUGGUGGAUUAUAAGAAAGGCGAAUUGGAAGCUGACCAUGACAUACUUCGUCAAAUAUCCAGUUUAUGUAAUCGCAUGCCGACAUUCGAAGGAUCCGAAUUCCGAGAAGAAUUCUUGACGGAAUACAAUGAUGUUUUGCUUACAUCGUACCUAGCCACCAUAACAAAAGGAACAAAUUCAAUAAAUGAGUUGGUAGAUAAAUUUAAUAUCGCAACACAUAAUCAAGGAAAUAGAAAUCGACGUCAUCAAUCAUUUGGAUGGUGA